GCAGUGAGCGAUUUGAUUCCUAAACCCCCACAUUUGUGAUAUUGCAUCGCAGCCGUUGUUCCCGAUCGAGAUGGACGGUGGAGAUGAAGCAGUAGCAGCAGGGGGCAAGUUGAGGAUUCUGUGCAUCCAUGGAUUCAGAACGAGUGGAAGCUUUCUCAAGAAGCAAAUCAACAAAUGGGAUCCUUCAAUUAUUUCACAUUUUCAUAUGGAUUUUCCCGAUGGGAUUUUUCCAGCCGGAGGAAAGUCCGAAAUCGAGGGCAUAUAUCCACCCCCAUAUUUCGAGUGGUUUCAAUACAACAAGGAAUUUACCGAGUACCAAAAUUUGCAAGAAUGCGUCGAUUACUUGUGCGAGUACAUUACAAGCAAUGGUCCUUUCGAUGGUUUGCUCGGCUUCUCGCAGGGAGCUAUUCUAUCGGCGCUUCUCCUAGGAUAUCAAGCACAGGGAAAAGUACUCAAGGAUCACCCGCCGAUGAAAUUGUUUAUAUCGAUGUCGGGUACCAAGUUUAGGGACCCGAGCAUAUGCGACGUUGCUUACAAAGACCCGAUCAAGGUUAAAUCGGUUCAUUUCAUCGGGGAAAAGGAUCGACUAAAAAUACCCUCCGAGGACCUCGCCACGGCUUUUGAGAAUCCUCUCAUUAUAAGACACUCUCGAGGUCACCAACUCCCAAAAUUAGAUGAAGAUGCCGUAAAGAAGCUAAGGGAGUGGACGGAGGAGAUAGUCCGAUCACAGCAAAGCAAGAACGCCGUUUCUGUACCAGUGGAGCAAAAAAAUGCUGCGAAUGGAGAUCAAACGAAGAACACUGAAAACGGCGUUUGCGCCAACAAAAUCGAAGCUGAAGCAUAGUUGAGGAGAGAGGUAGAGAACUAAUGAAUGUUUCAUGUAAUAAACCGAAGCCUUCGAUGUAUUUUUCUUUCGUGUGAAUAAAUGUAUGAAUUGAUGUUGAUUAGCCUUAAUCGGAGCAAAUUCGAAGCGUGUUCGUUUGGAAUAUGUACUCUUUGAGAUC